GGGGCCGCGCAGGAACUGCCGGGCGGUGCGGGGCGGUGCGGGGCCGUGGGAGCACCAUGGGGGCCCCGGGGCUGGAGCGGCACCGCCUGGCGCUGCUGGCGGCACGGGAGGACGUGGGCAACCCGCGGGCGGCCACCAACUGGGCCGUGUUCGCCUACGAGAAGCACCAUGACCUCAGGCUGCUGGACUCGGGAGCCGGCGGCGUGGACGAGCUGGCGGCGAAGUUCUGUGCCAGCAGCAUCAUGUAUGGGCUGUGCCGAGUGCGGGACCCCGGCAGCGGCGCCCCCCGUGUUGUCCUCAUCAGCUGGGUCGGGGAGGAGGUGCCCGAGUCCCAGCGCCAGGCGUGCGCCGGACACCUGCCCGCCAUCAGAGCCUUCUUCAAGGAGGCCACCGCCGUGCUGAGCGCCCGUCGUGCCGAGGAGGUGACGCAGGAGGGGCUGAGCCGCGCGCUGGCACAGCUGGCCCCCGCCGCAGCGCCGAGCACCAGGAGGACCCCCCCGACGGACAGCGAGGAGUUGGUGGGCACCAACUACCGUAAGACCAACCCGGCGCUGGAGAUCCGCCGCACCAAACGGGACUCCUUCUGGGCUCAGGCGGAGCGCGAGGAGGAGCAGCGGAAGGAGGAGGAGCGGCGCCGGGCGCUGGAGGAGCGCAGGAGAUGGGAGAGGGAGCGCAUGGAGGAGGAGCGCAGGGACGCGGCGGAGCGCGAGCGGCGCUGCAGGGAGAAGGAGCAGCGCAUCGAGGAGCAGCGGAAGGAGCAGGCGCGGAUUGAGGCGGAGGAGCGCAGGAAGGAGCAGCAGCGAUGGGAGCAGCAGCAGCGUGAGCACGAGGCGGCAAUGCGGGAUCGCUUCCGGCGCAGCGAAUCCAUUGAGAAGGCAGCAGAGGCGGCCGUGUUGGUGGCGCAGCGGGCACAGAACCCGCGGGAGUUCUUCCGGCAGCGGGAACGGGCGGGAUCCACCUCGGGCAGCACUUCGGGCACCGCGCCGCCCGCCGGCCCCCUGGGCGCACGGCCCGGCGCCCGCCGCCCCUUCCUGCGGUACCAGCGCAGCCUGACCGAGUCCGCCUUCAUCUUCCGCCGCCCGGAGCCCCCCGCUUCUCCUACACCCCCCGAUCCCGGGACCUUCCAGGCUGCGGCCCCCCCCAGCCCCCGCCGACCCCCGGGGACACCCCCCAGCCCGGCCGGGGUGGGGCCCCCCCACGCCGGCAGCCCCGUAGGGACGUGGCGCCCACCCUGUGCCACCGUGGGGAGCCCCCCCAGACCCCCGGGGGCGGGGACUCCGUCUCCCAUCAGCCCCCCUGGGCCCCCAUCCAGCCCCCCCCGGCUGCUGAGCCCUCUCAGCCCUCCCGGGUCGGGGUGCCCUGACAGCACUCACAGAGCGGAGCCUCUGCCCCCCAGCAGCACUUCAGGGCUGGGCCCCCCCAGCAGCACCGCCAGGGGGCCGCCGCCCCUCAGCCCCCCCCGGCAGCCCCCCGCUGGCACUGUGGAGGAGGAGGUUCUGCCCCUGCCCAGCCCCCCCAGCACCCCCCUGGAUGAGGAGGGGCCCCCCCCGGGCACCCCCCCGUUGCCCAGCCCCCCGGCGUGGGGGGCUCCAGAGCUGCCAGUGGGGCUGGGUGAGGGGGUCCUGAGCCCUCAGGAGGGCCCCCCUCCACCUGGGCUGCCCCCCGCCCCACUGCCCCCCCGCAGUCCCAGCCCCCCCGGCCUGAAGGAUGCAGCAGUGCCCUGCCUGGCACCCCACGAGCUGCAGCAAGGGACAGGUGGGGAGCACCAGCUGGAGCCAGAACCGGGCACCAGGGGGCAGAAUGGCAUUGGGGGCUGGACACCCCUUUGGGACCCCCCAGAGCAGGGUGCUGAGCCCGGUGCCACCAUCCUGCCGCAGCCGCUGCAUAAAGCCAAGCCAGGUUUCACCCAACUCCUGACCCCCGGCGCCUCCCCCCCGCCCGAGGACAAGGCGCUCUCCCCCCACGCUGUGUAAUUGGGGGGGGGGGGCAGCAGCACUACGCCCCCCUCAGCUCUCCACGGCACCGCACAGCCGGGGCUGCCCCACACCUCACCCCGCUCAGAGCGCGGUGCCCGCAGCCCCCCCGGCACCGCGCCCCGCACUGACCCCCCACCGCCCCCCCCCCCCGUACAGCAGCUUUGGGAGCAGCCGCCCCACGCAGCCCCAGCGCCGCAGCACCGUGCUGGGGGGGCAGACCCCCGCCGGGGGGGGCCACGCAGCGCCCCCCGCCCCAAUGAGACGCGGCGGCUGUUAAAUAAAUUUUAAUGCACGUGGA